CUUAUUGUUUGUAUUGUUACCUUUUCAAACUCAAGAAAGGGAAACAAUCAGGAGGAGAUGUGUUUGUUUCGGAGGGAUUUAGCUGUUGGAAAGAUAAGGCCAAACUCAAUGUUCAUGUUGGAAAGCAUGAUAGUGAGCACAAUCAAGCUCGAAUGAGGUGUGAUGCAUUGAUGAACCAAGAUGCACAUAUUGAGACAAUUUUGGACAAUCAAUCAAUGCAGACAAAGCAUGAUUAUCGCAUUCGACUGACAAUCUCUCUUGAUUGUGUGCGGUACUUGUUGAGGUUGGGGUUACCUUUCCGCGGUCAUGACGAAUCUGAAGACUCUCUAAACCCAGCGCUUGAAAGUGGCAAAAUUUCAUGUGGAAGGGGUCUUCACCAAGAAUCUUGCCUUCAGCGCGCGGGUGAUACACGUUGGGGUUCACAUUAUAGAUCUUUGGUGAGCUUGAUUUCAAUGUUUUCUGCUGUUGGUGAUGCUCUUGAUGUGAUAAACGAUGAUGACGUAACUACGUCUAUGCAAAAGGUGGAGAUAGAGUAUUUACUCAAGAUGAUGCAUUGCUUUGAUUUUGUUCUAAAUUUGCAUAUGAUGAAAUUUAUUUUGGAAAUAUCAAAUGAGUUGUCUCAUGCUUUACAAAGGCGUGACCAAGAUAUUGUCAAUGCAAUGGAUCUUGUUAGAGUUUGCAAGUACAGACUUCAAGCUGCUAGAGAUGACAGAUGGGAUUCAUUGUUUGAGGAGGUUUGUAAUUUUUGUGAUCAACAUUCUAUUGAUAUCCCAAACAUGAAUGACACAUUCAUCCAUUUUGAUUCUCGAGGUCGCCCCGUACGUAAAGG